CCCAUGUUGUAGUUCAUAACAGUACACUUUGAACUUCACGAUUUAAACAUAUUACGUCGCACAGUAAUGAUGUCUGAGAAGUGGGCUGCGACGUAAGCUUAGCACACGUUUGCCUUGGAGAGGUUUAAGGAUCUUUUCUAGCUGCGCUGAUCUAGCGGCUGGGAUUGAUGAUGGCCCUUCGACAAUGCUAGGACUAUCAUGGGAAGCGUUACACUACGGUAUUUCUGCUAUGGAUGCAUCUUUACAUCAGUGACUUGGUCGCUUCUUCUGUUUGCAUACUUAAAUUUAAAUCAAGACAAAUAUUCUCCGAGGAAUGUGCCCAUCAAGGGGAUUGAGCCGUACAAGCCUAGAAGGCUUUUGCCUCGCUUCACUCACAGUCCUAAUCUCCUUCCAAAGUCCUUCCAAAAAGAUAAGUUAGUUGAAGAUCUGUUUCACCCCCAUGAAGAACUGCCACCUGAAAAGAAAAUAGACAUGCUGCCAGAAAUGGGUAUGAUUUUUAGCAAGCAAGAUGAAGAGGUACGGGAUUUUGGAUAUCGAAAACAUGCCUUUAAUCUACUCAUCAGUAAUCGCAUAGGUAACCAUAGGGAACUGCCAGACACCAGAGAACCCAAGUGUAAAAAGAAGUCCUAUCCCUUUGAUUUACCUUCUGCCAGCAUUAUAAUUUGCUUCUAUAAUGAAGCGUUGUCUGCUCUACUUCGCACUGUUCAUAGUGUAUUUGAUCGCACACCUGCACACGUUCUCCAUGAAGUAAUUCUGGUGGACGAUGACAGUGAACUGGGUGAUCUCAAGGAAGAUCUGGACGAGUACAUUGAGGGUAAUUUUCUUGAAAAAGUGAAGCUUGUAAGGAAUCCAAAGCGGGAGGGCCUGAUCAGAGGAAGAAUGAUUGGAGCGUCUCAUGCUAAAGGUGAUGUUUUGGUGUUCCUUGACAGCCACUGCGAAGUGAAUGAGAUGUGGCUACAGCCCCUCCUGAGCCCAAUCAAAGAAGAUAGAAAGACUGUAGUUUGUCCUGUGAUUGACAUCAUCAGUGCAGAUACACUUGCUUACAGCUCUUCUCCCAUAGUGCGGGGAGGUUUUAACUGGGGCCUGCACUUCAAAUGGGAUUCUGUACCACUAUCAGAGCUGUCAGGACCAGAGGGAGCUAUUGCACCAUUCAAGUCACCAACAAUGGCAGGGGGACUUUUUGCCAUGGAAAGGAAUUAUUUUAAUGAACUUGGACAAUAUGACGGUGGCAUGGAUAUCUGGGGAGGUGAAAACCUUGAAAUCUCAUUUCGGAUCUGGAUGUGUGGCGGGAGGCUGUUAAUCAUUCCUUGCUCAAGAGUGGGGCACAUCUUUAGGAAAAGGCGUCCUUAUGGGUCUCCUGGUGGACAGGAUACCAUGGCACAUAACUCACUGCGUCUUGCUCAUGUCUGGAUGGAUGAAUAUAAGGAACAGUUUUUUGCCCUUAGACCAGAGCUGAGAACACGGAAUUAUGGAGACAUCACUGAACGUGUCAGUUUGAGGAAACAGUUGAACUGCAAGUCGUUUAAGUGGUACUUAGACAAUAUAUAUCCUGAAAUGCAAUUGACUGGUCCAAAUGCCAAAGCACAACAACCUGUUUUUGUCAACAGAGGUCUUAAACGACCUAAUGUACUUCAGCGUGGUCUGCUUCGCCAUUUGGGAACUGGUAAAUGCCUGGUUGCACAGAGCCAGCCCAGUCAUAAGGGUGGCUUAGUAGUAGUCAAAGAAUGUGACCCUGUUUCUUCAGAUCAGAUGUGGGUAUAUAAUGAAGACCACGAGCUGAUACUUGCUAACCUGCUUUGCCUAGAUAUGCCUGAAACUCGUUCUUCAGAUCCACCACGCCUGAUGAAAUGUCAUGGUUCUGGAGGGUCACAGCAGUGGUCCCUAGGGAAAAACAACCGCUUGUAUCAGGUCUCUAUAGGACAGUGUAUGAAGGUCAAUAAUGAACUCAGCCACAAAGGAUAUGUUUCCAUGGCAAUUUGUGAUGAUUCUCCUUCCCAGCAGUGGAGAUUGGAGAGUUGAUGCUGGAGAGCUGAAAGAAGAGUGCCUGCAGAGGUUUUUUGGAUGGUUCUUAGACCUCUGUGUGUGUUCAUCAUGAGAGAGAUACCACCUAAGGAUUCAGAAGAAUCCUGCAUGCAGCAUAAAAUGGAACCCCUGCCGCAACAACAUUUUUAUAUAAUGAGCCUCUGCUGAGACCUUGCUGUACACUUUUAAAUGGAAAAUAUAGAGCUAUAUAGCAUCCAAGUCAUCCUCUAGAUAAAUGGAUGACAUUUAGAGAUGUAACAUUUUAAUCACUGUACUUCAAAUGCUGUGAAAGAACUGAUUGUAUUAUCAACAGAUAGUCUGCAAGUUUAUCAAGUUUUUUUUAUGUGAUUCAUGUGAUUUGGGUACACAUGUAUUUUAAAUCUGAAAGGUAUUGCAUAAUGGUAUUUUAAUAUCAUAAAUAUCUACAAAGAGAAUUUUUAUUUAUAAAGUUUUAUAAGUCCCUAUUAUUUGAUAUUUUUACACUAUAGUUUAAAUGAUGCUAAUAUGCAUUCACAUUAUUAUUAUUCAAUGCAUAUGAAACAGACAGAAGUGUAUUGCUCAUGAAGUAGUCUUGUUUUAGUAUUCAUGGUUCAUGAAUUCAAUUUUCUUUGUGAUGCUGUAUUUUAGAAAUGUAUUUGGUAAAAAUGCUUUUUUAUUAAUCAUUUGCCUUGGUAAUCUGAAUAUUUUCCCCAAGUUUCUUUUUCUUUUGACUUGCUGCUACAUUUUCAGUUUAAAUAUUAAAAACAUUUUUCUGAAU